AUGGGACCAAGUGGAACAGACACUGAUCACAGGAACUGGAAACAAUGCGCGUGGAAGAGCGACGACGCCAGUGAUAUUGGACUGAUCAAGGUAAGAUGAUUUUAAAAUUAGCGCCAUCAACGGCUCCAGUCAACUUUGGUUUUGUUAGAUACUAAGAAUGUGCAUUUACAAAGGAUGGUAUAUUCUUGUCCACUGGUAUCCUUACGGGAUGAAAAAUGUCGUUUAAGUAAACAAGAAAACCAAUAAUGGAGUUUUGAUUUUUUGUUGCAGGAUUGUUCCCUCAAUAAAACCAAGGAUGAUACUGCCCUCCUUGUUGUUUUCCAGGGAAAUUUCUAUUUGACAGGAUGUGGCGGCUGCUGCAAGAGAUGGUUCAUCACUUUUAACGGCGCCGAGUGCAGUGCUCCCCCUGCCUAUUGA